AUGGCGACCCCAAGUGCGGCAGGUAGCGACUACCUCUUGAGCCGUGACUAUGUCGACUGCACGAGGUGGGAUUGCGAUGAACACCCGAGAUAUGCAGCAGCUGCUGACGCCGCGUCAUCCCUCCGCAGGCUCAAUCUACAGCACUAUCUUUGGACCCAGAUGUUUGGCUAUCUGUUGAACCCGAUGGUUGAUACUUCCAGCGACACGCUGAAGGUGGCUGACAUCGGCACCGGCACGGGUGUAUGGCUUACGGACCUUUCACGCCACCUCGCAACCAGCGCACAGCUCGACGGCUUCGACGUGGACACUUCCCAAGCCCCGCCGAGAGAGUGGCUCCCACCCAAUGUGAAUAUCCGAACAUGGGACAUCUUCACCGAUGUGCCGGACGAGCUGGUGGAGCAGUACGACGUCGUUCACGUCAAGCUCUUGGUCUUCGUGGUCAAAGGGGACCCAAUACCCAUUCUACGGAAUCUGAUCCGGAUGUUAAAGCCUGGAGGAUGGCUUCAGUGGGCCGAGCCGGACGUCCCUUCGAUGCGUAUUUCCAAGACCCAAUCCUCGAAGGCUGACGAUGCGCUGCAGCGCCUUUUCAACUUGACGGCGGCUCAGGAUCCCCGUCUGGUGCCCAAAUGGCCAAGUCAACUGCCAGGCCUGUUCCAGGGUCAAGGACUGGCACAGGUGGAAGCGCAUCGAGUGGAUGCCAACCCGCACCAGGAGUUUGCCAUGCAUCAGUGUAACCUGCUCAUCUACGACAUGAUCGCGCAGCGAGGGGCAAGUAGUGCCCAGGCCAAGGAGAUAUCGAGCCUCGUGCCGGAAGCUGCGCACGAAACAAAAGGGGGCGCGAUGUUUGCGUUCUCCCGGCUGACAGUGGUCGGUCGGAAAGCGCAAGAUUGA